CAGAGCAGGGUGAGUUUGGUUUCUGUCUCAGAGCAGGAUGCAGAGUGUCGUGAAGCGAGCAGUUCUGCUGCUGCUGGUUGCAGCGAUUGCCUCCAAUGCAGCGCCGACCCCUGAGGAAUGUGAAGGUCUGGUUAGAAAGCCGCCAAACAAAGACCUGCACGAGGAGUUUUUCGGGGACUGGGUUCUGGUCUGGUCUGUCUCUGACCAUGAAGAAGGCUGGGCCCUGUUACCAAACGUUUCCAGUUCCCACAUCGAGCUCCGACUCCUCCCAGACAACAAAACUGUUCAGUUAAAAGAGAGGAACUUGUACAAUGACCAAUCGUGUUACACCUUCGUCCUCAACAUGUCGGCGCCCUCUGACCCCUCCCACCAACACACACUGGAAACCAUCAUUGCCACGGUGGAAAAAAACGGAGUUACUGAACCAUUCAAUGACUCGAGUGUGUUGACCGUGUAUGAGAGCUGCUCCAACUGUCUGAUGAUGAUCUACAAAAGCACACAGGGCCAAUACCUGCUGAACUACAGGAGGGAGGGGCAUCAUUCAGACGUUGAGCAGUUGAAAGCCACCCACGAUGAUUACAGGAAACACGCUGAGUGUCUGGGAUUCCCUCUGCACAAACUGUUCACCUACGACGGAGCUGCAGAUUUUUGUCAUAAGAAAUCUUCUCCAGAAAGCAGGAUGCAGAGUGUCGUGAAGCGAGCAGUUCUGCUGCUGCUGGUUGCAGCGAUUGCCUCCAAUGCAGCGCUGACCCCUGAGGAAUGUGAAGGUCUGGUUAGAAAGCCGCCAAACAAAGACCUGCACGAGGAUCUUUUCCGGGACUGGGUUCUGGUCUGGUCUGUCUCUGACCAUGAAGAAGGCUGGGAAAUACUACCAGAACUUUCCAGUUCCCACAUCGAGCUCCGACUCCUCCCAGACAACCAAACUGUUCAGUUAAUAGAGAGGAACUUGAUGAUUAAUAACUCAUGUUACACCUUCGUCAUCAACAUGACGGCGCCCUCUGACCCCUCCCACCAACACGCACUGGAAGUCAUUAGUGUCACAAUGGAUAAGGACGGAGAAGUUCAACCAUACAACUACUCAGGUGUGGUGACUUUCUAUGAGAGCUGCUCCAACUGUCUGAUGAUGAUCUACAAAAGCACACAGGGCCAAUACCUGCUGAACUACAGGAGGGAGGGGCAUCAUUCAGACGUUGAGCAGUUGAAAGCCACCCACGAUGAUUACAGGAAACACGCUGAGUGUCUGGGAUUCCCUCUGCACAAACUGUUCACCUACGACGGAGCUGCAGAUUUUUGUCAUAAGAAAUCUUCUCCAGAAGUGAAGCAGGAUAAGGAAUGUGAAGGUCUGGUUAAAAAGCCGCCAAACAAAGACCUGCACGAGGAUCUUUUCAGGGACUGGGUUCUGGUCUGGUCUGUCUCUGACCAUGAACAAGGCUGGGAAAUACUACCAGACUUGUCCAGUUCCCACGUCGAGCUCCGAGUCCUCCCAGACAACAAGACUUUUCAGAUAAUAGAGAGGAACUUGAUGAUUAAUAACUCAUGUUACACCUUCGUCAUCAACAUGACGGCGCCCUCUGACCCCUCCCACCAACACGCACUGGAAGUCAUUAGUGUCACAAUGGAUAAGGACGGAGAAGUUCAACCAUACAACUACUCAGGUGUGGUGACUUUCUAUGAGAGCUGCUCCAACUGUGUGACAUUGAUCUACAAAAGCACACAGGGCCGAUUCCUGCUGAACUACAGGAGGGAGGGGCAUCAUUCAGACGUUGAGCAGUUGAAAGCCACCCACGAUGAUUACAGGAAACACGCUGAGUGUCUGGGAUUCCCUCUGCACAAACUGUUCACCUACGACGGAGCUGCAGAUUUUUGUCAUAAGAAAUCUUCUCCAGAAGUGAAGCAGCAGGAGUCCUGAGCGAAGAUGAUGGAAAAACAAACAUCUUGUUAAAAGAGUCAACAAGUCUAAGAAAUGUCAAUAAAAGUAGAUACUAAACCUUGAA